AUGGAAGAUGAACAAGAGGAAGAAAAUGAACAAAAAAGAUUUAAGUUGACUAUUGAAACAUUGAAAGAUCAAGUCCAAGUAGAAGACAAAGACCAUGCUAAUAUUAUGGCAGAAUUGGCAUAUACAAAAAAACUAUUAACAAAUUCUGAAAAACAAUGUGCAAUAAGUUUUUUCAUUUAUAAAUCUUUAAUUAAACCUUUUUACUUGUCACCAUUAUGUAAAAUACCUGGUCCACCUUCUGAAAGUAUUUUUUUUGGAAAUUUUUUGACCGUUGUAUCUGAUGUGGGAAAAGCUCAUUUAGAUUGGAACAAGAAAUAUGGAGGAAUAAUAGUAUAUCAUGGAUUUUUAAAUGGACCAAUUGUACUUUUAACAGAUCCUAAAUAUUAUCCACAAAUAUUGACAAAUAAUGCUUAUGAAUUUAUUAAACCAUUGGAAUUUACUACAGAUUUAAGAAUCAUGGUAGGAGAUGGGAUUUUGUUUGCUGAAGGUGAUCAACACAAACGUCAAAGGAAAAUGAUGAACCCAGCAUUCUCUUUUACAAACUUGAAAGAAAUGGUCCCUACAAUUAUCAAUGUUACUAAUAAAUUGAAUAACAUAUUGAAUGAUUUGAUUGGUGAUCAAGAUGAAAAACAAAUUAUUAAUAUCAAUUCAUAUAUUUCAAAUGCUGCAUUAGAUAUUAUUGGCUUAGUUGGAUUUCAAUAUGAAUUCAAUUCACUUAGUUCUGAGAAUGAAUUAGCAACUGCUUAUGAAGAGCUUUUUAAUCCUAAAUUAACAUUCAAGAAUUUCUUGUUAAUGGCUAUAUCAGAUAAAUUCAAAUGGAUUAGAUCUUUGCCAUUUGAAGCAAAUUUAAGAUUAAUCAAUGCUGUUAAAGUCACUGAAAAAAUUUCCUUGCAUCUAAUUAAGGAAAAACAAAAACAGGCACAAUUAAAAAAAUUGGAAGGAAAAGAUUUGUUGUCUUUAUUAAUCAAUAGUAAUCAAGAUUUGCCACCAGAAGAAAAAAUUUCUGAAUUAGAAUUAAAACAUCAAGUAAAUUAA